AUGACCGGAAACUCCUUACCGCCGGUCAAACUCACCGACAGUGGCCGCCCAGUUCUGUUACCGAACGAGAUCGAGUGCUUCUUCCUCUCCGGCGUAGACCUUCUCAGCGAAGACGAACCUAACACAUGGUUCCCUCACUUAAAAUCUGGCCUCCUCAUCCUAACCACGCACCGUCUCCUAUGGCUCCCAGACGCGGCCGUCACCGCCUCAUCCUCCUCCGUAGCUGUCCCCCUUGCUUCAAUCUCUCACAUUUUUCCCCACAAGAAGUCUCUCAAAUCGGUGUUUGCCUCCCCAAGGGUCCGUUUCCAGGUGUCACCAUCGCCGGAGCGCGGAGUUUCCGCAUCAGGAUCGAGAUCCGUGGUUGUGACAGUCGUGGUGAGGGGAAAAGGGGACUGCGAUGCUUUUGUGUCCAAGUUUUGGGAAAACUGGAGAGGUAGAGCGUGGGAGGAGUCAGAGAGUGCUACGAGUUCAAGUUCUAAUGCGGAGGUCAGGGCAGCAUCAACGUCGUCGAGUGGAAUUUAUUCAAGUGAUGGGACGGUGAAGAUGGUGGGAGUGUCGGGGAUAUUAAGGAAGGAGCAGGAAAUGUGGGAGAGUACUGAUAAGAGUUUGCAGGAUGCUUUUCAGGAUUUGAAUGCGCUUAUGAGCAAGGCUAAAGAGAUGGUCAUGCUAGCGGAAAAAAUGAGGCAAAAACUUUUGACAGGCUCAAAUUCUCAAAUGAGUACAACUAACGAUGAAGAGAUGGGUUCAAAGGAAGAAAUGCAAGAAUUGUUAUUGAGUGUUGGUAUAAUAUCCCCUGUUACAAAAGAGUCCGCGGGUGCUCUGUAUCAUCAACAAUUAUCUCGCCAGUUGGCAGAUUUUGUUAAAGUUCCACUUGAGAGAGCUGGAGGAAUUAUCAAUCUAAUUGAUAUUUAUUGUCUCUUCAAUCGUGCUCGUGGAACAGAAUUGAUCUCACCUGAUGAUUUGUUGCAAGCAUGCUCUCUGUGGGAGAAGUUUGAUGUCCCAAUUGUUCUGCGGAAGUUUGAAAGCGGGGUCAUGGUAAUACAAAAUAAGUCCCACAGUGAUGAGGAGGUUUUCACUAAAAUUAAGAUGCUUGUUAUGAAGCCUGAUGCUCUUCGAGCUGGGAUAAGUCCUAGUGAGGCUGCAAUGACGCUGGGAGUUGCCCCAGCAAUGGCAAAGGAACAUCUCUUGUCUGCUGAGAGCAAGGGUAUACUAUGCAGAGAUGUCAGCCCUGAUGGAUUUCGCUUUUAUAUUAACUUGUUCCCGGAAAUUGAUCGAGGUGAUAUGUAUUUAGUGAAAGAUCAGGGGAUUUAUCCCUCAUGGGUUAGAGCAAUCCCUGCUCAUGGUUAG